AUAUACUAAACUUGUUUCUAUAUUGAUAUGUUUGCCAAUCUAACGCAACGCGGCGCUACUGUGGGCGUUGCUGCAGCUGCCGCUGCGCGCAAAGCGGCAAUAGCCGCAGCCGCUGCUGUUUCAGCUACAGCCAAAAGCUGCGAAAAUAAGCCCCAAGCAGCAGCAGCAAACAAAAUGGCGGAAGGCAAUGGCGAACUAUUAGAUGACAUUAACCAGAAAGCCGAUGACCGCGGUGAUGGCGAACGUACAGAGGAUUAUCCCAAGCUGCUGGAGUACGGCCUGGACAAAAAGGUCGCUGGCAAGUUGGAUGAGAUCUACAAAACGGGCAAACUCGCUCACGCCGAGCUGGACGAGCGCGCACUGGAUGCGCUCAAGGAGUUUCCCGUCGAUGGUGCCUUGAAUGUGCUUAGUCAGUUCCUUGAAUCAAAUCUGGAGCAUGUGUCAAAUAAGUCUGCAUAUUUAUGUGGCGUGAUGAAGACCUAUCGUCAAAAGAGUCGCGCCAGUCAGCAAGGAGUGCCCGCGACUGCCAACACCAUACAGGUGAAGGGCCCCGAUGAGGAUAAGAUCAAAAAGAUAUUGGAGCGCACCGGCUACACACUGGACGUGACCACAGGACAACGCAAAUAUGGUGGUCCACCUCCAAAUUGGGAGGGCAAUGUGCCUGGCAAUGGCUGCGAAGUGUUUUGCGGCAAAAUACCCAAGGACAUGUUCGAGGAUGAGCUCAUACCACUGUUCGAGAACUGUGGCACCAUUUGGGAUUUACGGCUGAUGAUGGACCCAAUGACUGGCACAAAUCGGGGCUACGCAUUUGUCACAUUCACAAAUCGCGAGGCAGCUGUAAAUGCUGUGCGACAGCUCGAUAAUCACGAAAUAAAACCCGGCAAGUGUCUGAAAAUAAAUAUAAGCGUACCGAAUCUGCGCCUUUUUGUGGGCAAUAUACCCAAGUCAAAGGGCAAAGAUGAGAUAUUAGAGGAAUUUGGUAAACUUACAGCUGGCCUCUACGAGGUAAUCAUAUAUAGCUCGCCAGAUGAUAAAAAAAAGAAUCGCGGCUUUUGCUUUCUCGAAUACGAUUCACAUAAGGCAGCAUCUUUGGCCAAACGGAGACUUGGCACUGGUAGAAUUAAGGUUUGGGGAUGUGAUAUAAUAGUCGACUGGGCUGAUCCACAGGAGGAGCCAGAUGAACAAACAAUGUCCAAGGUUAAAGUUCUGUACGUGCGAAAUCUAACGCAAGACGUUACAGAAGAUAAACUAAAGGAACAAUUCGAGCAAUAUGGUAAAGUGGAACGUGUCAAGAAGAUUAAAGACUAUGCCUUUAUACACUUUGAGGAUCGUGAUAGCGCCGUGGAAGCUAUGCGUGGCCUUAAUGGCAAGGAGGUGGGCGCUUCGAAUAUUGAGGUCUCACUAGCCAAGCCGCCAUCAGAUAAGAAGAAAAAGGAGGAAAUUCUGCGAGCACGCGAACGUCGCAUGAUGCAAAUGAUGCAAGCGCGUCCUGGCAUCGUUGGAAAUCUGUCGCCGACACAUCCCAGUAUGAUGUCCAUAACGCCCAUGCGUCUGCCCGGCGGAGCGCGCAUGCCAAUGCGCACCACAAUGCCACGCGAAUACGAGUAUGAUUAUGAUUAUUUUGGCUACUCGGAUUUUCGUCCCGGCGGCUUUGGCGCUGAAUCAUUUUAUGACGAUGUGUAUCGUGCCUACGAUGGCGAUUAUAGUUACUAUGAUUAUCCCAAUGCUGCAGCUGGUGGCCCGCCUGGCAGUCCAGCCGCUGCUGCUGCUGCUGCCGCUGCAGCUGUGGCCAUGUCCGCUGGCAAUGGCAGCGCUGCAGCUGCGCAGCGCUCAUCAAGAAAUCCACAGAACGGCUCAAUCAGUUCCCCAGUUGUUAUGGGGGCUGGUCGUGGGCAUGGAAUCACAGUGCCGCGUGGCCGAGCCGUUGGCCAACGUGGCAGCAUCAGUCGUCUGGGGGCCCAACCAGCGCCACAGGUGGCGGGACAGGCGGCGGCGGCGGCGGCGGGACAGGCAUCGGCGGUAGUUCAGCGGGGGGCGGCCGCUUCGUGCUCGGCAGCAACCGGGGGUCGUGGGGUGGCAGCAAUGCGUCCCAGCGCACCUGGCACCCAGCACGUCAAGCCGCUACAAAAUUUACCAGCUGGAUCUGCACUCAAGACUUACAUGGAGGGCAACUAAGCGUAGCGCCUCAAGCACCAGCUCCAUACGCAGCGACAAGAGUCGCUCGUCGAGCAAGAAACUGAAACUGAAGCGUCAGAGCUCAAGUCACAAAAUUA